UAACGGAACAAUGAAUACAAUGAAACAGCCCCUAAUCUGAGUAAGGACAACAACAAAAAAGAUGUGCCUGCUGUUGCACCGCCAUAAUCCCGCCACGAAAACCCAAGUCCUUUCGUGCUUGGGUGGCACAGAGUCUCUACCCGCCUCUCAUGAAUAUCUUGUGGACCGCGCGGUAGCUUAAUCACAUAUGAUGCUCGUACUGCUAGCCAAGCCUGUUGCCUCCACCGUGUGGUUAUCCAUCUACCGUUGUCAGUGGUCCCAGGAUUUGAGGGGAUGCGCCCCCGCCGUCCUCCUAUUGUGUUUCGCUUGAACAAACUGUAUGGCUCCCCAGGGCAGCAGUGUUGAGCAAUGUCGGAUUGAACAUGGAAUUCAUGUGACAUUCUGGUUCGGAACUGGCAAUAUGUGCGUGCGGCUUGUGUGACUGGAGUGGUGAGACAGCGGCUUUUUGGGAUACGCGGAGUACAAGGAAGUACCGACGCACCUUGUGUAAUAGAGAACCAUGAGCACUGUGGAGGAGGACUCGGACCACAUGAUACCAUGAAGAGAAGCCUGCAGGUCCUGCGCCGCCAGCUGCUGAGUGUUCUAGCGAUCCUAGCUGUGGGAGUGGUGUCCUCUACCCAGGAGCUGUACCCCAGCCGGACCCCCGAGGACCCUGUCUCCAUGUCAGCGCCCCACAGCAGCCCCCCUAACCCACUCCUGCCUCUCCCAGACUGGCAGCAGGAGGGCUCCAGCAGUGGGGACCCUUGGUCCCCCCAGGGAGGGGCGCUGCCCACAGGCAUCAUCAAGCCCACCACAGCCCUCAGCUCCUGGGGCUGGCAUCUAACCCACCACACCAGCCUGGCACACAUUGUGACAACACCCAGUAAAGACAGCCUCAUUCAUGCUGCAGUUACUUUCAGUCCUAACACUGUAAACUCUGUGAGAGUAAACCAAGACCCUGGCCCUAGCUGUGUCAGCCCCAGUCCAGUCAAGCAGGCCCAUUCCCCCAGCUCUGGUGCUCUUAACCCAGGCCACAGCUCCAAUUCUCUCAGUGCAGACCAGGGCCUCUUGCCCAACUCAGUCAAUCAAGCCCAUAGCCCAGAUCCUGUUAAUGUUAACCAGGGCAACAGCCCUCCUAGCCCUCCCAGCUCUGCUGGCCCACAGAGUGAGGUAGCUCCAGCUGCGGUGGAGGGGGCUCCAGACUCUGGGUCUGCCCUGGCUUCUUCUUUGCCCAGCCCGCUCACAGAGAGAGAGGAUACUCUGGGCCCGGAGCUUGGUGGUCCCCCGGCCCCCACACACACCCAGGAGCCCCAGGGGGGGAAUGUCAAGGAGCCCACAGACCCCAGUCAGCAGGACUUCACCACUGAGCUGCAGCCUUCCUCUCUCUCCUCCUCCUCUUCAUCAGAGGAUGCUUCUCUAGAUCAGACCCUCAGGGAGCAUGUUGAAGCCACGCCCAAGCUUUCCCGACCCCACGCCAUCACCCUACGGGAGGUGCACCCCCUGGUCAACGAGGACCCCACCCUGGAGCUCAAAACAGAUGGCAAUGUCACUUUUCAUAGCGGCAGUGUGGAGGGCAUCCCUGGCGAGGACCCCUCCUCCCAGUGGAACAGCUCGUCCGCUACGGAGCCCCCCUCCACAGCCAGUGGGAAUUUUCUGAACCGACUGUUCCCCGCCACCACUGCAGACCCCUGGGGUCCUGGUAAUGGCUCCAGCCCCACUCUGGACUCACCGCUGUCCAGCGCCACCAUCUGCCUGAGCAAGAUAGACAUUGUGUGGAUCGUGUUGGCCAUCAGUGUGCCUGUGUCCUCGUGCUCUGUCCUGCUGACCGUGUGCUGUAUGAGGAGGAAGAAGAAGUCUUCGAAUCAGGAGAACAACCUGAGCUACUGGAACAAUGCCAUCACCAUGGACUACUUCAACAGGCAUGCGGUGGAGCUGCCCCGGGAAAUCACGUCCCUUGACAAUGCUGAGGAGUGGAUGCCGAGGCUGGAACAUGUUUAGGAUGCUCGUGGUGACACACAGGAGCAGGAGACGUGUCUACCCCCUAACGGGGACUACAGAGGCAGCGGGGUGGUGCUGGUUAACCCUUUCUGCCAGGAGACCUUGUUCAUCAACAGAGAGAAGUCCUGCGACAUCUAGAGAGGAGGGACGUUGGUCUUGUGGCCAUGUCCUGAAACCACCAAUACAAGACUGUCAAAAAUAAAAGUCUGACUUUCAAAAUUAAAGUCCCCCGCCACGGCUUUCUCCCUACACUGUCAUUUUUAUAUAUGUGGUAAAUCUUCAGAGACUCCCACUUUAUAUUGCACAUUAUGAAUAUAUAGACAAGACUAAAAGAAGAGCUAAUAACAGACACUAUUUACUAUGAGGGUGCACCCGCAUAUUUUUCUGAUGUACAUUUUCUACAAAUGCUUAAUUGUGAUAAGGGUUUUUAUGUCUUUAUAAAGCACUGAGUAUGUGGGAUUUCCAUUUUGUUACAGUGGCUUAAUGGUGAGAACAUUGUGGAUGUGGCCACUUGAAUUCUGCUUUAGAGAGAAGAUAUUCUGUAAGAACGUUAUGUUUCAUUUUCUUUUUAAUCAAACCCCAAAUAAUUACUGAAAAUCCUGUUGAACUUGAAUUCUGUACCUACGAGAUUUAGGGCAAUGUUUGUGAGACCAGGUUUUAGUAGAAGAAAUGGAGGUGUUAUAAUUUGAACUGCCUCUGUAGCAGGGGGACUGUCUGUCUGUGUCUCUCUCUCUUUGCCUAUCUCUUUCUCUCUCUCUCUCUCUCUCUCUCUCUCUCUCUCUCUUUGCCUAUCUCUCUGCCUCUUUGCCUCUCUCUGCCUCUUUGCCUCU